UUCUUCCUCCACGCGUGCUUCCCUGGGUGUUUCAGGGSUGUUCUUCCUCCACGCGUGCUUCCGUGGGUGUUUCAGGGGUGUUCUGGUUCCACGCGUGCUCCCUGUGGGCGCUGCAAUAUUGCCGGUGCUCCGCAUGAACUCCCGUGGGUUUUGCGUGGGUGCCUGUGCACCAUCUGUGCUCCCGUGGGCGCUGCUUGUGCCGGGUCCUGCCAGUGCCUGAGAUUCCUCCAGGAGCAGCCCCGAGACCACAGGCCAGGGCUUGCCUCUGAGUUAUAGCAAAACUUCACCGUUUCAGCAAAAAUCACCAGAAAAAGUAGUUUUUUCCCCCAUGAAAAUCGCAGAACGGCCAUCGGCCUCUGCUCCCGCUGCUCCAGCACUGGCUCUCCCAGCCCAGCCGGAUUUAGUAGCAGGUCUGGGCUGCACCGUCCCAAAAACCUGCUGGGGCUGCGGGCAGCCGCGGCUGGACCCUGUACUUAUCCCAUUAGGGCGCUCAGCRGCCUCCCAUUGAGGUUUCCUGGGGCGGUUUGCCUGCCUGGCCGCACCGGGAUGUGAGCUCCAUGCCGGGAUGUGAACUCCAUGCCGGGAUGGAGGCGCUCAGCACCGGCCCUUUGUUGCGGGAUCACCGCAGAGCACAUCCAGCUGCCUCGGCAGCGUCCUGCCGCCACCCCGCACCAACUCUCGCUCCUUCCGGAGAUGUUCCUGCUUCGCUGGCGCCGGAUCUGGGCUGUAACCCUCGCUAGAGCUGUUGGGGUGCAGCCGAGUCCCCCAUCCCCAGCACGGGGAUGGUUUGGGAGGCUCACRGAUGAUGUCAUCAGAUGACCUCAUGCAGAUGACGUCAUGUGAAUAACAUGUAGAUGUCUUCCCUCCAUUGUGGUGCGKUGGCAGAGGUGACUCUGAUGCCAAGCUGGGACAAGCUGCUGGURGCUGGGCAGUGGGCUGGGGACCUCACUGGGGUCUUCAUUGGGCACCUGGCUGAGGCCAUGACUUGGCUCCUUACUGGGGACAUUGCCAGAGUCCUCACUGAGGACCUGCCUAGGGGCCAUCCUAGGGAUCUUGUYCCCMAAACCAAGGACUGUGCCCCUGCCRCCCCUUCCCUCCAGCCACCCGCCACAGUCCCCAGCUGACCCCUCCUGUCUCCCGCAGGUCCUCGGGCGCAGAGCAGUGCCGGCCAUGCCCUAGAGGAGCUUUGCCAUGAGCCAAAGCGGGGCCUCUCGCCUGGCCGGCUCGCCGCCGCUGCCGGGGGGCUCGCUCCUGGCCCUGCUGGCCCCCGAGCCGUCCCCGUCCCCCCCCAGCGGGACACCCUCGCCCGGGCCCCCGCCGGCGCUGCUGGAAGGGGACUGGGAAGGGCGGGAGGAGCUGCGGCUGCGGGAGCUGGAGGAGGCGCGGGCGCGGGCGGCGCAGAUGGAGAAGACGAUGCGCUGGUGGUCGGACUGCACGGCCAACUGGCGCGAGAAGUGGAGCAAGGUGCGAGCCGAGCGCAACCGGGCACGGGAGGAGGUGCGGCAGCUGCGGCACCGCCUGGAGGCUCUGACCAAGGAGCUGGCCAGCCUGCGCCGUGACCGUGAUCGUGACCGCGACCGGCCGGACGAGCGCCCGCCACGGCCACCGCCACAGCCCAGCCCCGGCAGCCCAACCGCCGAUGGAGCAGAGGGGGACGGCGGCCCUGAGCAAGAGCCUGUGCGGGAUGUGGGGGCUGAGGUGCCCCAAAAAGCCAAGGAGCUGGAGCUGAUGGAAAACAUCUUGACGAGCAAGCAGGACGAGAGCUGGGAGCAGCGGGGCCCCCGGGCCUCCUUCAGCCGCCAGGAGCGGAGCCGCCUGCUCUGGGAGGACGUCAGCGUCGUGGAGGAGGAUGCCACCAAAGUCACCGCCCUGAAGCUGAGGCUGGAYGAGUCCCAAAAAGUGCUGCUCAAGGAGCGCGAGGACAAGCUGGCGCUCAGCAAGAACAUCGAGAAGCUGGAGGGUGAGCUCAGCCAGUGGAAGAUCAAGUACGAGGAGCUCAACAAGAACAAGCAGGAGGUGAUGAAGCAGCUCAACAUCCUGAAGGAGAUCCAUCAGGACGAGCUGGGGCGCAUCUCYGAGGACCUGGAGGACGAGCUGGGUGCUCGCUCCAGCAUGGACAAGAAACUGGCUGAACUGCGUGCAGAGAUGGAGCGGCUGCAGGCAGAGAACGCGGCUGAGUGGGGCCGGCGGGAGCGGCUGGAGACGGAGAAGCUCAACCUGGAGCGGGAGAACAAGAAGCUGCGGGCGCAGAUCGAGGACCUGGAGGAGGUGCUGGCUCGCAAGAGGCGCCAGACUGCCAGCGCCCUGGACACCGACCUCAAAACCAUCCAGGCUGAGCUCUUCGAGAAGAACAAGGAGCUGGCUGACCUGAAGCACAUCCACACCAAGCUGAAGAAGCAGUACCAGGAGAAGAUGGCCGAGCUGGCCCACGCCAACCGCCGCGUGGAGCAGCACGAGGGAGAGGUGAAGAAGCUGCGCCUGAGGGUGGAGGAGCUGAAGAAGGAGCUGGCCCAAGCCGAGGAUGAGCUGGACGAGGCCCACAACCAGACUCGGAAGCUGCAGCGGUCUCUGGACGAGCAGACGGAGCAGAGCGAGAGCUUCCAGGUGCAGCUGGAGCAUCUGCAAUCCCGGCUGCGGCGGCAGCAGAGCGCUCCGCUUUUUGGCAAGAUGCGCAGCACACGCUUCGGCCCCGACGACGCUGGGGACGGCACCAGUGACCCCGAUGAGGACGAGGACCUGCAGAUACAGGUGCCCUAGAGCCCAGGGCCAGUGCCACCAGCGCAGSACAUCGCACACCAGUCCUCUGCGUUCGAGUGCGUGUCACAGGACCCAGCUGUGCAUUGUAUAGAUGUGGAAACUGAGGCACGGAGCGCUGGGGAGGAAUUUGCCCAAGGAUGCUCCAAACCCACUGCCUCUUGGACAGUACUGGAUGUCCCUUCAGCCACUGGCAUCUCCUGGGACACUGAUGUGGCCACCAAAGCCAGCAUCACUGAGCAGCCCAGCAGGCGCAGGCACCAAACCUGGCAGCCACAAACUGCCCACUUCUUUUUAUAUAUAUUAUAUAUAUGUAUGUAUUUGUAUAUGAUUUUUUUAUUAUAAAUACAGAGCCCCGAUGGGCCYAGGCUCUG